UGGAGAUCUGUUAUCCGAGGUAGAGUGAAAUAUAUCGACUGAUCCAAACAGCUGUACGGAUUCUGCUAAAAACAUUUUUUUAUUCAAACCUAAGAAGUCAAGGAUAAUCAACACGGUCGCAAAUUACGUUCUUUGUUAACUUCGGUUUAUAUAUUUAACUGUGCUGUGCUUCAUUGGAUUCGGAGGCGUCUUUCAUUGUAAAUAUCUAAUUCCGGAGAAAGUUUAUUUUAAAGACCUAUCACUUAAUGUUUAGGUUGACCUAUGGAAAUACGUUUUUAUAUUUCACCUGUGAAUGCGUUCUGUAGCAACAAGAAAUGCUUUUGAAAUAUCGGAUUUGUAACGCACAUUCUGGAACUGCGGUAAAAUAAUAUGGAAAUAGCCUACCUUCUCGAAUUUAAAUUUUUUGCUCUGAACUAAUUCAACUUGUUCCUGCACUAAACAUAUGAAUGAAAAAAAAGCAUGGAGGGGUCUCCUUUGAAGAUACUGAUUUCUCUCUGGUGUCAGCUGGUGGUUGCAGCCUACAGCUUGGAGAUAGGAGCCUACGACCUGGAAAGAGGCAGACCAGCCAAAUGUGAACCCAUAGUAAUCCCCAUGUGCCAGGGCAUUGGCUACAACAUGACCAGAAUGCCGAAUUUUAUGGACCACGACAAUCAAAAGGAGGCUGCCAUCAAGCUGAAUGAAUUCGCCCCUCUGGUGGAGUACGGCUGCGAUGUGCACCUACGUUUCUUCCUCUGCUCCCUGUACGCCCCCAUGUGCACCGAUAAAGUGUCCACCUCCAUCCCGGCCUGCAGGCCCAUGUGUGAGCAGGCCAGGCAGAAGUGCUCCCCCAUAAUGGAGAAGUUCAACUACGUGUGGCCUGACUCCCUGGACUGCUCCAAGCUCCCGACCAGGAACGACCCCAAUGCCCUGUGCAUGGAGGCUCCGGAGAACGACACCAAGGCCGAGGUGAAGAAGGGGGAGGGCAUGCUUCCCGUUCCCCCCCGUCCCAGGCAACCUGGCAACAGUAAUGGGCGCUCCGCUGGCGGUUUGGGUUCCUGCGAGAACUCGGAGAAGUUCCAGUACGUCGAGAAGAGCCAGUCGUGCGCGCCCCGCUGCUCGUCGGCGGUGGACGUGUUCUGGUCCAGGCGGGACAAGGACUUUGCGUUCAUCUGGAUGACGGUGUGGUCGACGCUGUGUUUCAUCUCCACAGCCUUCACCGUCCUCACCUUCCUCCUCGACCCUCACCGCUUCCAGUACCCUGAGCGGCCAAUCAUCUUCCUCUCCAUGUGUUACAAUGUCUACUCUGUGGCCUUCAUCAUCCGCUCGGUGGCUGGGGCCGAGAACAUUGCCUGCGACCGCGAGAAUGGUGAGCUCUACAUCAUCCAAGAGGGGCUGGAGUCCACGGGCUGCACGAUUGUCUUCCUCAUCCUGUACUACUUCGGCAUGGCCUCGUCCAUCUGGUGGGUCAUCCUCACCCUCACCUGGUUCCUGGCAGCUGGUAAGAAGUGGGGCCACGAGGCCAUCGAGGCCCACAGCAACUACUUCCACAUGGCCGCCUGGGGCAUCCCGGCUCUGAAGACCAUCGUCAUCCUCACCAUGAGGAAGGUGGCGGGGGACGAGUUGACGGGUCUGUGCCACGUGGGCAGCAUGGACUCGGGGGCGCUCACGGGCUUCGUUCUCAUCCCUCUCUCCUGCUACCUGGUCAUCGGCACCUCCUUCAUCCUCACGGGCUUCGUGGCGCUCUUCCACAUCCGCAAGGUGAUGAAGACAGAGGGCACCAACACGGAGAAGCUGGAGAAGCUCAUGGUGAAGAUCGGCGUCUACUCCAUCCUGUACACGGUGCCCGCCACAUGCGUCAUCAUCUGCUACUUCUACGAGAGGCUCAACAUGGACUACUGGAAGUUCAGGGGGCUGGAGGGCAAGUGCGCGUCGUUGCCCGGGCGCCGGAACGAGGACUGCUCCCUGGGGGAGUCGGUGCCCAACGUGGCCGUGUUCAUGCUGAAGAUCUUCAUGUCCCUGGUGGUGGGCAUCACCAGCGGCGUGUGGAUGUGGAGCUCCAAGACGCUGCAGACCUGGCAGGGCCUGUGCAGCCAGAAGCUUGCGUCGGACAGGACUAGCAGGAAGCCCUGUGGAGGCGUGAGCUGUGGCAGCACACACUGUCACUACAAAGCCCCCGUCGUGGUUCUCCGUAUGGCCAAGACAGACCACUACUCAGACAGUCCCACUCACGUCUGACACACAGACAGCGCGUCACUCACACACGCAUCUCAUGCAGUGAUCUGGCCGAACGCGUGACGGAGCUG